GCAGAAUGAGGAAGUGGAAGUAUAAUAACACCAAAAGUAGAAAUGUAGCCAGCUAUCGAACUUACAAAGAUAUAGUCUACCUUUAUAAAUAAAGAGGGAGGGAGGAACAACCGUUGGCAAAUGGAGGAAAGGAAGCUAAAACGUAAAAGCCCGAGGCCCUCUACAAACCAGCCAGUUCCCCCCGUCACUGCCCGAAAGAUUGCCGCAUCCAGCCGGAGUAUGGGCUUCAUUAACACGGGAACGCACUCCAGCCAGAAAACCAAGUAUAAAAGAGGCGUAAGAGAGAAGCCCAGGCCCCACGGCCAGACAGGGAAGAGCAGCCAGACUGCCCCUAUCCAGCACUCAUUCCUCACAGAUGUGUCUGACGUCCAGGAGAUGGAGAAGGGCUUGCUGAGUCUCCUGAAUGACUUCCAUUCUGGAAAGCUGCAGGCCUUCGGUAAUGAGUGUUCCAUUGAUCAAAUGGAGCAUGUGCGAGAAAUGCAGGAGAAGCUGGCCAGACUGCAUUUUGAUCUCUAUGGAGAAGUGGACGAGAUGCCAGAGGAGCAACGCAAGGGUGCCAGUGACACCAACAUGGACAAACUGCUGCUUAAUCUGGAAGAAUUGAGUUCAUCCAUUCAAAAGCUCAACCUUGCUGACAGCCAAGAGGCACCAAGGACAUCUAGCCUCUGAUUAGAUGUGGCUCUGAUCGGCCUCUGAAUGGAUGUAGCUGGACCUGCCUUAUGAAUGGUGCACAUCAACAGCAUAACAGAGUGCUUAAACUUACAUGGUGUCAAUCCUAGAAGUCAAGAUAAUGGUUUAUGGAAUGAGUAUCAGAAUGAGUAUAUUUGUUGAACAGUGUUUUUAUAGACUAUGAGUUGCAGUGAUUCUGCAGUCAUUUUCACUGUUCAUUUCUGCCUUCAAGGCUCUCGUCUCAAUGAGCAUUUUACCCAGAAAUACAACUACUGAGUUGAGUAAGAGUUUUAACCAAAUAUAUGAAUAUUCUAGAUCAAUCCUAGCCUGUAGGAAUCUCUGUGUCUGCCUAGAGAAGUAAUUGCUUAAUUGCACAUUUACAGGUGGUAACUGUAAUUAAUUGUAGUUAACAUGUGACAGAAACAUCAAUUCUCCCGAAGGGCUGGCUUGUACUGCUCUGUAAAUGAUCAUUUGAGAGUUAAUAUAGUGUUGACCACUUGCCUUACUGUAACGUGUACCAAACUGUAUACCUUAAACUAUGAAGGUAUAUGGCUAUCACUGAGGCUGCUUUGUAACCUUUGUAACCUUUUUGUUAUUUGUAAUUGUCUUUCUAAUUGUAUUAUAGUAUAGGUACAUUAUAUUGAUUUUGUGUGUGUGUGUAUAUAUACACUCACUGAGCACUUUAUUAGGAACUCUAUACUAAUACAGAGUAGGGCCUCCCUUUGCUCUCAAAACAGCCAUAAUUCUUCAUGACAUGGAUUCCACAAGAUGUUGAG